AUGGUUAGACUCUCUACAUCUAACGCUCCAGCGCUAAUUAAACCUCCUAGUACCGACUCGGACCAUCCCUACUGCCUCACAUAUGCCUACCCCGGUAGCAUCUUUGACUAUCGCUGCGCAUCAACCACAGUCGACGACUACGAGCGUGUUUAUUUUACAUCUGAAGGAAAGAAGCGUGCGGAUCUCAUAACGACAACUCUCAGUUCUGAUUCUUCUGGCACCUCAGAAGGUCUGCAAGAAGUUAUCACAGUAACUGUCCAAGAGAAGUCCUCUAGAUCCCAAGCUGCGGUCACCAUAAUCGUCAUACCUCAGCUACCGAGUGCCGCAGAAACCUCCCCCAAUCCCCCUACCACCGAUAACAAAUCUAUCCCAGUCGGCCCUAUCGUAGGCGGCGUCGUUGGUGGUGUUGCCGUUCUUGGCUUGUUCGGACUUGGGGCUUUCUAUCUAGUUCGACGCCAGAAAAAAAACAAGCAUCAGAAAGACAUGACAACUAGCGGCCAACCCAACAUGACCCACUCCAUGGACCAGAAUCAACACCCAUAUCGUCCCCAAAAUCAAGGGGCUGUUCCACACUACACCGGUGUCAGCAUGUUAUCCUCUCCGCCACUAGAUGCACGUAUGUCGAUGGUGACAGGUUCAGUCUCUCCGAAUGGACAAAGCGUAAAUGGAGGAGGGGGUCAAUUGUCUCCUCCAACGGUUCAGAACCCUGCCCCCGCUUACGAAAUGGCGGGAAGCGAAUCUCGUGAGCCCGAGCCCGUCUAUGAGAUGGCCGGUGAUUCAUCAAAGAGAAAGUAG